AUGACGGAUGGCUGGUGUUGCGAACAAGACAUUUUCCCUGUCUCACCAUUCGGAGAGUGUCAGACACUGGACGAAUUAGUCGAAGGACUGACUGCAAGAAAAGUGGCGACCGUGGACGCAAACUCGUUCAAAAAUACCACAGCAAAUGAUGUACAAUUGGUGCCGUGUGUCAUUAGGAGGAAGCAUUUCGCACCAAAGAUUUUGAAGAAAAAGAGUUCCUUGAAUAAAAUUCCCAAGGAAGCAAGUGUAAAGCAUGUCACCUUCGAGGUUGAGAAAAUGCUGGUUCGGGAAGGUAUGGGCCAAGAGCGCGAUGCUGCCAGAGAUCGUCUUGUUGUCUCGUUAGGAGGAAAAGAGCCGAAAGGUAGAGCUGUGAAUUACAAGGUUCUCAAGGAGGAGAUCAAGGAGCGGAAAAGCGAGCGAAACAAAAGAACUGCGGAAGUGAAGGCAGUACUACGAGCCAGCAUGAAGAGGAAGAAGAAAUAA